AUGAAGCCGCUGAAAGUACUAGUCGUCGGCGCCGGAAUUGGCGGCUUGCAGGCUGCUUUGGCGCUUGCUAAGGACGAGCAUGACGUGGUUGUCUUUGAAUCAGUGAAGGAAUUUCUUGAGGUCGGUGCUGGGAUCAGAGUUCCUCCUAAUUCUUCACGACUAGGUCUAGGGUGGGGUGUGGACUUUGAUUCAAUCAAGAAGCAAGUCUCUCGCGGCAAUCGAUUUGUCGACUGGAAAGACAAUAAACUGCUGGAAAUCCCGUUUGACGAUGUUGAAAGCAAGUAUGGAGCACCCUAUUACUUCAUCCACCGCGCAGACCUAAUCAAUGCCCUCGUCGAUGCUACUAAAAGCCGCAAGAACAUUGAUCUUCGCAUGGGAAUCAAGGUCAUCGAGUAUGAUUUUGACUCACCAAGCCUCAAAACAGCCGACGGUCAAUGGCACGAAGCAGACGUCAUCAUCUGUGCUGAUGGCAUCAAGUCGGAGGUGAGAAAUGCGAUCAAUGGCACUCCGAUCGAACCAAUGGACACGGGUGAUGUUGCCUACCGUAUUCUUGUACCCUCUCAACCAUUGUUGGACGAUCCUGAAACUCGUCAUUUGGUGACAGAUCCAUGGGCAGUUCAUUGGAUGGGCCCCGAAGGACACGCUGUUGGAUAUCCAUUGCGAGAGGGUGAAUUGUACAACAUCAUCAUCGACAUCACUCAUUCAACGGACCUUGGCGUGCCCGUUGGACAAAACGAGUGGAAAUCGCAGGCUGACAAUACUGAGCUCGUCCAGAGAUUUGCAGAAUGGUGUUAUCCAGUCCGGAAGCUAUGUGGACUGACGGGUCAAUAUCUGAAGUGGAAACUGGCCGACUUCGACCGACUCGAUCGAUGGGUGCAUCCGAGUGGGAAAGUUGCAUUGCUUGGGGAUUGUGGCCAUCCCAUGAUGCCUUACCUUGCCCAGGGGGCAGCUCAAGCCACCGAAGACGCGGCAGCUCUUCAAGCAGCCCUAUCGCAUUAUAGUAGCAUACCGGAUGCCCUCCGUGCAUAUCAAAGUCAACGCCUCUCCCGUGCUGCCUAUGUCGCACGCAAUACUCGAGUACUCCAGGAAUGGUUGCACCUUCCCGAUGGCCCGGAGAGGGAUAGACGUGAUGAGCUCAUGAAGCAUGAUAACAGCCAGAAUCCGAUCUUUUGGGCAGAUACGAAGCGUAAAGACUGGCUGUUCGCCCACGAUGCUGGCAAGUUGCUUCGUGAGGCGGAGUUGACCAUACCUGACUUACCUCCUUUUCCAAAGCGUGAAGCGUCUGUGUAUGCUAAGUAG